AAAAUGAGGGGUUUCAUUUUUACUUUGCUUCUCUUCUCUCUCCUGCUUGCCAUCUCAGAAGUGAAGAGUGAAGAAUCCAGGAAGCUCUGCGGGCUCCAGUACAUACGAACUGUCAUUUACAUCUGUGCCAGCUCCAGGUGGAGAAAGCACCUGGAGUUGAUCCCGCAAGAUCAGCAAGCCGAGAGAGGAAACCGCUUCCAGCUGCCUAAUGAACAGGAGAUUUCUGAGGAAAGCGCAGUGCAAAACCUUCCAAAGAUGGAUUCCUCAGGGGAGGAAAGUCUUCAGGGUGAACAGCUGCCCACGGAAGGGCUUUGGAGGUCAAAGAAGUAUUCGGUGAUGUCAAGACAAGACUUGCAAAAGUUGUGCUGCACCGAAGGCUGUUCCAUGUCUGACUUGAGCGCUCUUUGUUAGGACAAGCAAAUUCCCAAGGGUGGCAGAGUUUUAGCACAUGUUUAAUCACAGUGUUUUACUUCCCAGAAUAAUACUCACAUUGUGUCAUCAAACUAAUGACUUUUGGGUAGGCAAUCCUUCUUUCCUAAAUGUUGUGGAUGGUUGGCUAAAACCACAACGAGGUCUAGUUUCUCCCAUUGCCAAGGUGAAUGCACUGUUCUUUCCAAAUUUUAACUAAUCCUUUGAAAUUUUAAAUGCUGUGCAAAAUUGCAAUACAAAUUCCAUUCAGCAAGCUUACUGUGAUUUUUCU